AUGCGUCGCAAGGCGCGGAUCCAGUUUGCCACGCUGUGUUGGUCGAUCUUCGUCGCAGGCUGGAACGACGGCACCACUGGACCAUUGCUUCCCCGUCUCCAGGAGGUGUACCACGUCGGAUAUGCCCUCGUCUCGCUCAUUUUCGUGGCCAACUGCGUGGGCUUCCUUACAGGAGCAUCGUCGUACCUUUACCUCACUGACCGUUUUGGCUUUGGAAAGGUGCUAGCCUUAGUUGGUUUCUCACUGGAAGCCUCCGUGCCACCGUUCGCGGUGUACGUGAUCGGCUUUCUGUUCAGCGGAUUCGGCGUGUCUUUCCUGGAUGCUGGCUCCAGCGCCUUCGUCGCUAGCCUCGCCGAAGACUCGUCCAGCAAGAUGGGGAUCAUGCAUGCGCUGUAUGGCGUCGGGGCGAUGUGCGCGCCGCUCGUGUCGACGCAGUUCGCGCGCUUUGAGAAAUGGUCCUUCGUCUACCUCGUUCACAUUGGGCUUGCACUCAUCAACAUUGUGCUCCAAAUCCUGGCCUUCCGUUUCCGGAGUCAAGAAGACUGCCUGCAGGAAACCGGCCAAGCGCCACCCGAGAAGACGAAAGCGUCGGACGGAGGAGUGAACAAGUACACGCAGAUCUUCCGCUUGCGCGCUGUACACCUUAUGGCAUUCUUCAUCUUCACUUAUGUCGGAGUUGAGGUUACUAUCGGCGGCUGGAUCGUCACAUACGUGAUCAACGAGCGUCAUGGAGGUGCCAACUCGGGAUAUAUCUCGUCUGGGUUCUUCGGAGGCUUAACUCUGGGACGCGUCGCUCUUCUGUGGCUGAACAAAAAGAUCGGAGAAUGGCGUGUCAUCUUCCUGUACAUCGCCUUUUGCCUCGGCCUCGAGCUCGUCGUGUGGCUUAUCCCAGAUCUGCUCUCCGGCGCGAUCUCCGUAUCGUUCGUUGGGUUCUUCCUAGGCCCGAUAUACCCGAUCGUCAUGAACCACGCAGGUGCCAUCUUGCCUCCGGAGCUCAUUUCCGGUGGCGUAGGAUGGAUUGCUAGCUUCGGCGGGGCGGGUGCUGCCGUCUUCCCUUUCAUCGCCGGGGCAAUUGCGUCGCGCACGAGUCUCGCGAGCCUGCAGCCGUUAUUGAUAGCGAUGAUGGGUCUUCUGCUGGUUAUUUGGGCGUUUGUGCCGCGUACUCGCGUGAACACAAAGUGA